AAACUCAAAACUUUGAUGAAACUGUAAAAGGAGGUCGCACUUUGGACUCAAAUCCGCCAUGAAAGCUUUUCUUACGCGAACCGGUUCCGUCUCUGUACAUGCACCGGUUCUUCCCGGUUCGCCCAAAUGUCCUCUCUCCCGUCACGAUUCAGUCUCCGGAAUCUUUUCUGGCGAGAAUCACACUGUGAGUUCCCCUAGAAUCUCCCUGCAUUUGAAGAUCAACUGCCACAAGGACACUCCGAUUCGACGGGCGAUGUCGGAAACUGACCUUAUGAGAUCGGAAAUAGAUUUGUUCGGCACGUCGACGAAGCUUUCUGGAGCUGGUUCUUUGUCCUUUCCAUCAAAGAUCCCGGAGGAGGAGCAUCUCUUAGGAUCUGAUCUGCAUGGUUUUGGAACUUGGAGUUCAAAUCACGCUGGAUUGUGGCCGGAUAACGGUAUUCCGUUGGAGGAGCUAGGUUUCACUGGAGACGGAUUCGGGAAAGGAAACAAGUCCGGUGGGGGGAAUGGCGGCGAUGAUGACGACAGCCGGUCAGAUAUAAGCAAGAUGGGUGAUUAUUAUAAAGAAAUGUUAAAGUCAAACCCUAGCGAUUCGCUGAUUCUCAGAAACUAUGGAAAAUUCCUGCAAGAGGUGGAGGGAGACAUUGAGAGAGCUGAAGAGUACUAUGGGAGAGCGAUUCUAGCGAGUCCAGGAGAUGGAGAGGUACUAUCUCUGUACGGAAAGUUGAUAUGGGACUCCCACAGAGACGGAGAUAGAGCUAAAGCUUAUUACGAUCAAGCUGUUUCCGCCUCUCCUAAUGAUUGUAUGGUGCUGGGAUCAUAUGCUCAUUUUAUGUGGGAAGCUGAAGAAGAUGAAGGAGAAAUUAAUGGGUAUGCUGAAGCUUCACCGGCGUUGGUUGGUGUUCUCUAGCGAUUGACCCUUUAAAUCCUUCGUGCUUACUCUUUUUAAGGCUUCGAGAAAGGCGAUGUUACUAACUUUAAUAACCAGAUUGAAUAAUAUAAUUAAAUAUUAUAAUAUAACAAAACC